GGAAGGGCGAGGUCGGGUAGGCGUUAUGCCCUCAACGACCGGAAACGCCCCUAUGCCGCCCCAGCUGCGACGAGGCAAGUCGCUGCUGGAGAGAGACCAGGAGGACGUGCCAGAAUCGGGUCUCGCUCUGUUCAGGCGUGGUGGGACACUGCGCCGGCGAAAAUCACAGAGUGGUGCUGCAGCUGUACCAGGCCCGAAGAAGCGCUCGGGUUGCUUCGACAACAUUGGGCCGGGACCCAAAGAUUCGUUCUUCAUCUAUUCCUAUAUCAUCACCUGCUUCGUUCCUCCUAUUUUCCUCCGUGCUUGUGGCAUUAAGACGCCAGAACAACAGCGAGCAUGGCGGGAGAAGAUGGGUCUCCUCAGUUUCAUCAUGAUUCUUAUGGCUGGAGUCGGUUACCUGACUUUCGGCUUUACUGAGACGGUCUGUGGUCGGCCACCUAAUCGGUACCACGCCGGCCAGAUUACGAACGGCUCGGUGAUCAUCCACGGGUACGACUAUGACUUCACCAGGUUCAAGCACCCGAAUGCGCCGCCGAUGUUCGACGGCACGACCAACCCUCUCGAGACGGGCGGCUGGAACCUCGCGGGCAACGACGCGUCGUUUUUGUUCCAGAAGGUCAAUCAGAACUGUGCUGGCUUGAUCAAGAAGGGCAGCGCCUCGAGUAUCACCGGCAGCGGGAAUAACUUGGACUGGUAUUUCCCCUGUAACGUGUACAACCAGUAUGGCACGUCUCCGGCGAACUUGACUGGGUAUGAGGAUUCCACGAAUUGUCAUACAUCGUCGACGGCGAGGAGUGGCUUGGCGCAGAUGAACCCUAUGGGACAAGUGUACUAUACGUGGGAUGAUGUCAAGAAUUCGUCAAGGAACCUCGCAGUAUACGAACAAUCCGUCUUGGACUUGGGCCUCCUACAGUGGUUGAACAGAGCUCAAGUCGACUACCCGGAUAUCUUCGACCAGAUCAAGUAUGCUAACGGCUCCUAUAACGGGAGGGACCUUACCGGCUACUUCCUUCGGACAAACCAGAAGCAGGUCGCGAAAUGUCUCGAGGACAUUGUUACUGUCGGUUUCAUCGACACCAACACCAUCGGAUGUGUGGCCUCGCAGGUCGUCCUUUACCUCUCUUUGGUGUUCAUCAUUGGCGUCGUCGCCAUCCGGUUCGGCAUGGCCGUCGUGUUCGCGUGGUUCUUCUCGUCGAAACUCGGGACGUUCAAGCAUGAGACGUACGAGCAGCGGAUGCAGCGCCAGGCUGAGAUUGAGAAUUGGACGAACGAUAUCUACCGCCCGGCUCCGAGCCAGUACAGGCCCAAUGUCAACAAGCAUGGGCUGGCGCCGAAGAAGAUCGGGAAGAAGGGAGGGUUCUUGCCUAGUACCUCUAGGUUUACGCCCUCGGACAACCUCCUGAAAUCGAUGGGUGGAAGGCCGGCCACUGCCUAUGGCAUGUUGGAUAACAAGCGCAACACCUAUUACGGAUCUCGUAGCACCACGUCCUUGGAUGCUUCUCCGCGCGGGUCUUUUGUGGACAGCGUUUGUCCCUUCCCUCUGCACAACGUCGUCCCGCAACCUCCGCCAGAUUACGAACCCUUCGGCUACCCGUUGGUGCAUACAAUUUGCCUGGUUACUGCUUACUCGGAGUCGGUGGAGGGCCUGAGGACGACGCUGGACUCCCUCGCAACUACGGAUUAUCCUAACAGUCACAAGAUGAUUUUGGUUAUCGCGGACGGUAUGGUCAAGGGUGCCGGAAACGACAUGACUACCCCAGACAUCGUGUUGACGAUGAUGAAGGAAUUCGUCAUUGCCCCGGACGAAGUCGAGCCCCACUCCUACGUUGCCAUCGCUGACGGUCACAAGCGGCACAACAUGGCCAAGGUAUAUGCUGGGUUCUACGACUACGACGAUGCAACUGUGGAGAUGUCGAAGCAGCAACGUGUGCCUAUGGUGUUGGUAGCGAAGUGCGGUAACCCUCUCGAGGCGAACGAUGCCAAGCCUGGUAACCGUGGCAAGCGUGACAGUCAGAUCGUGCUCAUGUCGUUCCUCCAGAAGGUGAUGUUCGACGAGCGCAUGACGACUAUGGAGUACGAGUUCUUCAACUCGAUCUGGAGGGUCACCGGUGUCAGCCCAGAUCGGUACGAGAUGGCGCUCUGCGUGGAUGCGGAUACGAAGGUCUUCCCGGAUUCGUUGUCUCGUAUGGUUGCUGCUAUGGUUCAAGAUGAGGAGAUUAUGGCGCUCUGCGGUGAGACUAAGAUUGCCAACAAGGCGGAGACGUGGGUCACUAUGAUUCAAGUCUUCGAGUACUACAUCUCUCAUCAUUUGACCAAGGCAUUCGAAUCCAUGUUCGGUGGUGUUACUUGUUUGCCAGGGUGUUUCAGUAUGUAUCGCAUCAAGGCCCCCAAGGGUACCUCUGGCUACUGGGUUCCCAUCCUGGCCAACCCGGAUAUUGUGGAGCACUACUCCGAGAACGUCGUGGAUACACUGCACAAGAAGAAUCUGUUACUCCUUGGAGAGGAUCGAUACCUCACGACGCUCCUGCUCAAGACGUUCCCCAAGCGCAAGAACAUGUUCGUACCUUCGGCCGUUUGCAAGACUAUUGUCCCCGACACGUUCCACGUCCUCUUGUCUCAACGUCGUCGCUGGAUCAACUCGACCAUCCAUAACCUGGCGGAGCUGCUACUCGUCCGUGAUCUCUGUGGAACGUUCUGCUUCUCUAUGCAGUUUGUCGUAGGGAUGGAGCUCGCCGGAACGCUCGUUUUGCCUGCGGCCAUCAGUUUCACUCUUUAUCUGAUUAUUAUUUCCAUCAUUCCUGGCGGCACCAACACGACUAUCCCUCUUAUCUUGCUGGCUAUAGUGCUGGGUCUACCGGGUCUACUCAUUGUCAUCACGUCUCGCAAGAUCGCCUACCUCGGAUGGAUGAUAGUCUAUCUCCUUUCCCUGCCUAUCUGGAACGGUAUCCUUCCGGCGUAUGCAUUCUGGCACUUCGACGAUUUCUCCUGGGGUCAGACUCGACAAGUCGCCGGUGAUAAAGGUGGCGACCAUGGCGACAAAGAGGGAGAGUUCGACUCUUCCCAUAUUAUGAUGAAGCGGUGGGCUGAGUUCGAGCGCGAGAGGAGAUGGAAGAGUGGUACGCAGUCAAGGGAUUCUACCUGGAACGACUUGCGGUCUGGCUCGCCGAAGCGGCCCGAUAGUAACCGGUACUCCACGGUUUCCACUGCGGAGACUUUCCAGCCCCCUUCGCAGGCGUAUGAUUCCAGCACGUAUAACGACUCGAACUACAGCGGAGGCCAGCGGCCCAGAUAUGACAGUAACCAGCUGCUCAUGCUGCCGGCGCCGUUGGCUGUGAAUCAGAAUAAGCCCAUGCCUCCAACCCCCGCCACUACGUCGUCCUCGUUGACAGCGGGGGCGCGGUCAAGUGACGAGACCUACUCAGGGCCGUCGGAUGCUUAUGGUUCAAACCAACGACUGACUCCCAUCAGUCCUCAAUCCGACCAGCAAUACGAUAACCAAGAGGACCCAUAUGCACACCUCCCUUCGCCUAUGGCGCGCUACCAGGGCCCAGGGUUUGAGUCUGCUGUUCAGCGGGCAGCUGGCAAUAAUGGCGUUUUGCGCAGCACGACGGUGUCCAGCCAGCACCCAGGGGAAACGUUCAACCCUUACUAUAACGCCCAGCCCCAGGCUGUUGGGUACGAGGAUCAACAGUACCAAGGAUACUCUGCCGAGCCCGAGGAGAUGCUAGCAGGGUCGAGUAGUCUCCCUCCACCGCCCCCGCCGAAUCCAAGGUCGCGCGGUGUGAGCUUGAUGGACCGUGGGCCAGUGUCGGGUCCUGACGGCGUCCGUCGGGUCUCAAGGCCCCAAGGUCGGCGACCGACAUCGCAGGCACCGCCUCAGAACCGCUACUCACGCUCUCAGUAUCCCAAUAACCUGCCACCGGGUGCUGCAGCUCCACAACCAAAUUACGGUAGCGGAUAUGAUGCAUACCGGUGAGAAAGCGCUGCUUCCCUUUUGGACACAAUGACUUUGCCAUUUCCUGUUGUUCAUUACUUGAGUGUCUGGACUUGUUUGCCCAAGUGUGUCUACCAUUCCGUUUCAUGAACAUAGCCCUCAAAGUAGUCACUUAUCACACUGGACCUUGAGAUCUUACGAUACCUCCUCGACGACGCCUAGGUAGUCUUUUCCCCCUCUCCAUAUUGUCGUGCCUAAUUUCACAUUUUCGUCGUCAUUACAAGUGGGAGUCCUCAUACCUUGACCAUGCAAUGACCAUCCCCUGCUUUUCCUAAGUUCAGCCACUAUGUGUUAUUACAAAUGCGAUGUAUAUCCCAAUACCAAACGUUUAGUUAAUUGUCUCGGACUCUCCCUG